UGUUGUAUCUCCCUUCAGCCUUCAGUAGGUUUGGUGCUCUCGCGGAGUGAGGUUAGGUGAUAUUCGCGAUUUUCCGUGCGACUCGCGCUACCGAUAUGGUCGCUCCUCGCGUAGCGUCGCGCGUCACGUAUCGCAACGACUGUACGGAUCUCGGACGGCGUUCGAAUUUCAAACGCGAAUUUUCGUAAAUCGAACGGCGUGAAAUUUCAUAUAUAUCGUGCAUCGUGGUGCGUGGGUUCUUUGAAAUUCGGCUCGCCGUGCUCCUCCGGCUCGAGAGAGAGAAGAGAGACUAGAGAGAGAGAGAGAGAGAGAGAGAGAGAGAGAGAGAGAGACGUUCAAGUACGCGACGAUCGAUGUGUGCAUCAUUGUCCGAGUCAAUCCGCACUUUUUGAAGGAACCGUGCUUUCGAAGGAUCGCUUGGUUUUUCAGAAAGUUGCCCGUGAUUUCUAAAAAAAGAAAUUGGUGAUAAUUCUCGAGGAGUUGGCUGUCAUUUUGGGAAAUUGAUUGUGCCAAUCGUGUGCGUCGGAGUACGUUAUCGUAAGAAACAAGUGGAGUUUGUCAAAACUUGAAAAUAUUUUUGAACCGAUGAGUUUAAAAGACGCGUCUCGGCGUCUUUUAUUAAAGAUUCCAAGUUUCAUCCGUACGUUAUUCAUGUGAGGUGUAAUUCGGGCGCGUAUACACCGCAAGUCGACGUGUCAACGUGAAGAUUUGAAUAUCUAAAGAUUUCGCGGAACUUCGAAAGUGUUAAAAAUUUAAAGGUUCGACGGAUUUGAAAACUGGGACAUCGAAAUAAUUGAAAAUUCGGUAAUCCGGGAGUUUUGAGGAACGAAUGGAUUGGAGUUUUAAUUGUCUAUAAUCGAGUGACUCUAAAUGUUUAAUAUCAGGAUUUAAGUUCUAAUUUAAUGUAAUAUUCCAGUUGCUGACUGUAUAAAGAGAGAUAAAGGGAAAGAGAAGAGAGGGGGCUGCAAUUUUGAGAAGUCAAAAACUCGACGAUGCUCCAGAAUGCAGCACAACUUGGACAUUAAAAAUUUCGAGGUGAUAGCAAUCUUACCUUAGAACUCAAUCACAGUCGACCAUAAUCGUCUGAUUAUCCCGAAUCUCUGGAAUCUGGAGCAUUUCCAAGGUUGGGAAAUGAUAAUCAGCAAGCCGUUCCAGAAAUCAAGGAUCAAAAAUUCGAUGUACGGAGGUUUUAACGUUUAAGGAUUAAAACGAGGUUGCAACAUUUUCGAGUUUACGGCGAGCCGAAAGAGAUCUAUUCGUACGGAGCAGCAUUUAAUCAAAAAACCAAGCAUUCUGAUGAUUCGUCAUCGACAUGUUCUCGUAGAAGGAGUUCGCUCCCGCGAGCGAAAGUGAAUGGAGAGAAGACUACGGGGCGGUCGAGAGUGAAACGUGUUUCUGCGGGAGUAUAGGUGUCCAUUUGUGGACGAGACAACGAAUCGACUGAUCCAUAUACAGCAUCCUAUACGAGAACGGCUACUUUUUCCCCGCCCGCUGACAUUGGCGGACAGGUGACGGGCUCUCGGUUAUCUAAAUCUCCGAUGCGUAGAUCGAACUGUUCGUAGAUCGGGCGGAUCACACGUCGAUCUCACUGAAGGACAGAUAGGGUGAUCGGGAUAGGACUGAUCGCUGAGAAGGAGCGAUAAAACAUGUCGAGGCUGCUGAAAGGAGAGCCGACGGGCGGUUGUAUGAUUGGUUCGUGCGCAGAUCGAGGAUCGUAUUAGCCCAACUGGCAGUGACGCAUGUCGUAAGCCACGUGAGAGAUCGACGGAGGUACCGACACGCUGGACGUCACGCAGGAUCGGGAUUCACGAAGAGAGAGCGAGAGUGAGAUCGAGGGAAAAAGAGAGAAAAAGGGAUAGAGGUGGAGAUAGCUGCGAUAGAACUGUUCCGAGAGAGGAGAGAGAGAGAGAGAGAGAGAAACGGCCAGGCGACGAGCCUCUUAUUGCCUACCGGAAGUCAUAUGCCUAUACACGCGCUUAAAACUCGUACAGCCUGCGAAGAAAUCGAAAUGGUAGAGCUGUGUGGUAGCGGCCAAACAUCUUCGGCCAUGGGAGUAAUGGGGAUCGGCGCGAUGGUGACCGCGGCGACGUCGUCGUCCUCCUCGUCGACCACCACGACCACGGGCGCCUCGUCCUCGGCAUCGGGACGCGCCGGUAUACUCGAGACCCAAGUGCGCGGCCAGUGGUAUCGCGUGUUCGUCUCGUUGGAGGACGAUUAUCUCAGCAUUUCGCUCGACGAGAGCUGCGAGACCGGUAACAACGCGACCCUGAACAACGGCAACAUCAACAACAACAAUGUGGACAGUCUGAACGAUCCGGAUGUGCCCGAUUCGGUGGCCAAUCAGAAGCGCAUUGUUCGCGUCGUCAAAAGUGACAACAACGGUCUGGGAAUUUCGAUCAAGGGCGGCAAGGAGAACAAAAUGCCGAUUCUCAUCUCGAAGAUUUUCAAGGGCAUGGCGGCGGACGCUACCGAGCAGCUUUACGUCGGCGACGCCAUUCUGGCGGUGAACGGCGAGGAUCUGCGCGAGGCCACGCACGACGAGGCGGUGAAGGCGCUGAAGAGAGCCGGCAAGAUCGUCGAGCUAGAAGUGAAGUACCUGCGGGAAGUGACGCCGUACUUCAGGAAGGCUUCGAUCAUCCAGGAAGUGGGCUGGGAACUUCAGCGCGGUUUCCUGAGCGCGACGCCGCCGCCGCCGAAGUCACCACCGCGGGCGGAUACUCGUUAUCUGCCAUUACAACUCUGCAGACUCACCAGAGCGCAUCCCUCUUCCGAUCCCGAAGGACGUAUCCUAGAAUUACACUCGCCCGACGGUGUCCACGAAUGCUGGUUGAGAGCCGCUGACAACACGGAGGCAAAUGUCUGGUUCAAUGCUUUGCACUCGGCGUUGGCAGCCCUCACCUUGAAAGCAUUACGACUGGCCUCAGCACUUCCGGACCCGCAGCAGCUUCAGCACAUAGGCUGGCUGGCGAGGAGGCACUGUCUUCAGAAUGGACGAGCCAGUAGUGAGAGCAGCGAGGACGGGGCCGGAAGUAGUGCGAGCACUUCGCGAGGAGCCGGGAGUGGAUUCGGUCUUGCCGCUGGAUGCACCGGCGGAUGGCGCAGUGUCUUUGGUGCAGUUUCAGGCCGGGAACUUAGAUUGUAUGAGUGCGCGCCUUGGAGCCCAGAAGCGUGGGCUUCGCCGAGCAUUACCUGCCCCCUCAUCGCGACACGGCUGGUCUCCACUCCCACGCGACAGAAUGAAGCAGCGAGCAGCAGUAGCGGGUCGACUCAACACGGGGCGACGUUCGCGGUUCGGGUUGGCACGAUGGACGGGGUAGUCACGCAUCAUUUACGAGCUGAAACACGAAGAGAUCUGGCGGCCUGGGCAAGGGCGAUCGUUCAGGGAUGCCACGCGGCCGCUCAUUCCUUACGGGAGUACACCGUUCGUUGCACAUGGCAAGGCAAAGCCUGUCAGUUGGUUGUCAACCACGAGGAAGGUUUCGCGCUUUACGCCGCAGGAACGCGGGGCACCGCCGGGAACGGCGUAAGUCCUGCUUCACCGCCCACGCCACUCUGGAGAAGAUCCUUCGACAAAUUGAAAAUGUCCGCGGACGACGGCGCCCGUCUUCUGUGGCUCGAUUUUGGAGGCGAAGACGGCGAAAUUGAGCUUGAUUUGGAGAGCUGUCCGAAACCAAUCGUGUUCGUUCUGCACAACUUCCUUUCGGCGAAGAUACAUCGGCUCGGUCUGAGUGCAUAGGGGCACGAGGGGGCCCUCACUGAGGCCCCCGAUUUGCCUCCCCACACCACCAGGUCUGUUACCAGCGUCUUUCUUCAUUGAACUCGAAAGAAUCACACAGUGAGGAAGAAAAUAUCGAUUUCUUUUCUUUCGAGGGGAUUUGAAGUAACAAAUAACAGUAACCGUGACUUGAUGAGCUAUGAAACAUCAUCCUAAUGGAUUAAGAAAUGUAAGGACUAUCCUUGUCAAAAGGUUCCGCAUCGCGUGCAGCAUCCUAUUCCCUAGUUUUUGAAACUUUGGAAUGCGGAGAGAAGAAAGAGUUCGAAGUGAAACAGAGUAAAUAGUGUAACAGUUUAGGAAUGAGUGAGAGUAGAAUAAUGAAUUCGGGCAGGAUAGCGAUCCGAGAAUUCUAUAACUGGAUAAAGCUAUAAAUUUGAAAUCGAUAAAGUUUCAAAUACGAUGAAUAUUUAAUUUUUUAUAAAUUUCUUGAAACUUAAAAUACUAGACAUUUAGAAAAUUAAAGUUUUAGAUAUUCCAGUAUUUACAAAUCUGAAACCUUAAAAUCUAGGAUUUCCGGGGAUAGUUUUAAAAAUUCCACAAUGGUCGAAACUUUAGAAUCUUCAACAAUUGAUUUGAUUAUUUACGAUUCAAAAUUUUAGUAUUUAUUUUAGUACGUAAUAUGUCAAGAAUUCUCAAAGAUUCAAAUAUUUACAAUAUUCAAAUCAAAUUUCAAUAUAUAAGAUCCUAAAGAUUAAAAAAAACGGCCUAGCUUUUUUCAACAAAGAUGCAAAGAUUCAAACUUGCACACAUCGUAGAAUUCUCGGACACGGUCCAAGGAUUCCAGUAUUUCGUCAAAGAGGUAUAAGCAAGGUGAAAAGAAGACUGUGCAUUUAUUAAUUUUGACAGUCCACGUUUGAGGGUCUUCAUCGAGAGGCUCGAUUGCGAAUAAAUCGACUCGAGACGGUCGUUAAAAAAAAACUGGACAACAGUCCCUUUUCUCCUUUUUUAUUUUCGACGAUAAUCGAUACGAAGCCAUCCACGAGACGAUAUAUCGAAGAAAGUACGAUACGUGACAAGGACGGAGAAGCGGCGAGGUGAGAAGAAAAACACCCGCGCCGCUGAUCAACGCGCCUAAGUAACUAAUUUAAUUAACUACUUACCUAACUUUAAGUAAGAGUAAUCGCAAAGAACUGAUUCGACAGAUUAUCGAUAAACAUUCAUUAAACCGUUGUCGGAUGUUAAAUUGCGAUGAUUGUAACGAGCAUGGAAAUCAGAUGAGCACGAUUGUUUAAAUGACGACUACGAUCCGUGAAAAUAUUCUCGCUUUUAAAUGCAAUUCGUACAACUUGAGUUCGAGAAAUGACGUGAAAUGAUAUUUUGAUGAAAAGUAUUCCUAUUUGUUAUACGCGCGCGAGAGAAAAUGUUUCAUAAAAUUAAAUUUGUAAUUAAAUUAAAUUUUUGUUUGUUGAAUUAA